AUGACUUGGAACAUAUCAGAAUCAUCAGUUGAUGCAGCAGUUUCCAUGUUCAUGCGGUUAAACACACGCAGGGAUCCAUUCUUAGUGGCUAGCCUCACAACUGCACCAUCAGCUUCCAUUUUUUUCUAUCAUGCUCUUAACAAAUCCCAUCCAGCGCUCCACUGUAUAAACACUUACAACCUCUCACUUUCUUGA